CAAAAAACAUAAGCCUUAAUAAGACUCAAGUAGUUGAAAUUGCAUUCAUGUUGUAUCCCCCUGUUGGUCUCAAGUUGAUAACAGCAACUGCUCCUCGGUCAACCUGGGUGAAACCAAUUGUUGAUGGAGAAGAUUCUUACAUGUAUCUAGCAAGAGGCCACCCAGUGCUAAAAUCAGCUGAUAUUCGAAUUGCUGGUGCUCUAGUAGCUGCAUCAAUACGAGAAAGAAAGAAAAAGGAGCAAAUGAAAGAUGAGGGAAAAAGUGUUUUAGAAGACAGUGACUAAGUCAGGAAGCAAAUCACCACCAUGAACCUUACAGCA